GCGACGUUCGGUCUGCUAUACUGAGCACUUGUGUAAUUGAUGCCAAUCUUUGCUUCUGCCAAAUCUAUUUGACAUCUCAUGAAUAAAUACAACUCAGAAUGCGCUUUCUUUUCUCUCGCAAACCGGGUCCUUUCCUUUCCCCCCCUGGGCAUCAGCUAGAAACUCGUCAUGUUGUCCACCUUUCUUAUCGAUGGGCCGGAAUAUGCUCGCCGCGUCAAUGCUCCCUUCGUACCACCUAACAUUACCCUUGCUGAACUCCAUGCUGCCCUUCCCCCCCACGUUUUCAAAAAGUCCACCGCGAGGGGUCUUUCCUACGUUGCCCGUGACGUUGCCUGCGCUUGGAUCCUUUACCGUCUUUCUUCGUUUAUUCCAUUCGCCCCCGCCGUGUUGAGGUUUCCACUUUGGGUUGCCUACUGGUGGUGCCAAGGUAUAGUUCUUGCUGGUUGGUGGUGCCUCGCACACGAAGCUGGUCAUGGGACGAUCUCCGAGUACUCUUGGGUCAACCAUGCCGUGGGCUUUACAUUGCAUACUGCAAUUCUUGCGCCGUAUUAUGCGUGGAGGGAGAGCCAUCGGAGUCACCAUAGGGCGCCCAUGAGUGUGGAGAGGGACGAAAAUUAUGUUCCGAAGUCCAGGAGCGAGUACGGACUCUGGCCCCAAUCCCAGGACGAUCGUAGUGGAGCGCCCGGUCUUUUGGUUGAUGGCGAACGGAAAUCCGGCCUUGACCCUCACGAAGUUUUCGAAGAUGCUCCAAUCUAUGUCCUUUCGAGGAUGUUGAUCAUGCAACUCAUUGGAUGGCAAAUUUACCUGUUCACCAAUGAGAUGGGAAAUCCGAGUUAUCCCAAGGGAACGAAUCAUUUCAGUCCCUCUUCGCCUCUUUUCAAGCCCCGGCACCGGCGAAAAAUCAUUGCUUCUAAUGUUGGCCUCUGCGUUACUAUUCUUCUUCUUACUCUAUGGGCUCGCGAGAUAGGGUUUUCGCAGUUUGUCAAAGUAUACGCAGUACCAUAUCUGCUUGCCAAUCACUGGAUCGUUAUGUUGACGUACCUCCAUCAUUCCGACCCGACGAUACCAUACUAUCGUUCUGCGGCAUGGAGUUAUGUCCGUGGUGCGGCAUCUACUGUUGACAGACCCCUUCUGGGAUGGGUUGGCAGAGUUUUCUUCCAUAACGUUAGCCACGAUCAUGUUGCCCAUCACCUCUUCUCUUACAUUCCGUUCUAUAAUCAACCCGAGGUCACGAAGCGUAUCCGAGUUCUUCUUGGCGAAAACUAUAAUUAUGAUUCAACGAAUACCUUCCGGGCGUUAUAUCGCACAUUCACACAGUGCUGCUUCAUCGAAGAUGAAGGCGAGAUAGUCUUCUAUAAGAACCGAGACGGGAAGGCGGCACGUCGCGUACUUGUCGACGGGGAAAUGAAAGUCGGACAGACCCCCACGAAGAUAGUUAUGUAGGUUCGGAACGACAUACUUAUUUAGUAAUUCCUUGGAUAAUAUCGGCUUUAUGUAUAACUAUAAUACUUGUAGGUUCUGUAGUCUUCUCGGCCAAGAUGCUGUCGGGUAAUCGGUUACUUAGUUAUGAUGACACUAGUUUCGCGUAGUAAAGUGGAGUAUAUUUUCACCAAUAUAUCAUCGUGCUAUUAUGAUCAA